UUUUUAUUCAUGAAAUUUCAAGCACUUCAUUUUAACCGUUGGUGGUGACGUAGGAAGACAAGCAGCAUAAAAAAGUCAUAUUUUUUAAUUAAGAAAACGGAAAAUAAAAUAUUACAGUAUAACCCUCAUAUCAUUCAUCUAUCAUGAUUCGGCUAUGUUGAAAAAAAAUAAAUUAAAUAUGUACCGAAUGUGAAUUUCGUCAUUUGUAACACUUGUUACUGACGUGUAGAUGCAUUCAUUUCCAAAAACCUUUCAUUAAAAAGGAUCGUUUUAAUAACUUUUUUCCCUCACUUGGGUGUGUUUGCAGCACUUUUUUUUUUCCCCACAAUGUUGGCUGUGUUGUAUGUUUUUUACUCGUAAAAUUUCAUUUUUGGGUUGGUCACACUAUCGAAGGAAAAGUUGUCGAAAAGAAUGUUUGUAGUUUUUUGAAUAAACAAAAAAUAAAAAUAGUAAAACAGACAAAACUGGGAGACGCAUGCUUGGACAGAAAAGAUGUGCGACGUUUUCUUUAGCAGCAUUUACCACCUGUAAUCCAAUCUUAAAAACACCAGUUAACUGCUUUUUAUCACAUUUUUGACUCGCUCGUGUUUCAAAUAUAGCAAUUGGAAUGACUCUUUCGCUAGAAUAUGCGUAUUGGUAUUUUUCUUUUUUCUGCCAACAGUUGUAGUUAUGUUCAACAGGGGAAAAUUGUGCUUGUACUUGCGUUACAUUUCGCACUCAGUGUGAACAGCCACACGCAAAACGGCGACAGACAUCUCGCCAGAAGUGCCGCGCCGCUUUAUUGGACGAAUACUUGCGUCUUUGCGCUGCCAACGAUUUGAGCGCUUCCCGCCCUCGGGCUGACUGACGACAUCGUGACCCGUCACGUCCCCGACUGGCCGAUUUUGUUGUUUCAAAGACGACCUUUCGAGCCAGAUUUCCCCCCCCCCCCCCCCCCCGCGCGCCUUCGUCCCACCGUAAAUCUCACGCCUUCCUUUCUUUCUCCCUCCACGCCUCAUCCGCUCGCUCUGUAAUAUUUCACUCAUGCGCGUUGACAGGCUUUUGACACGUGUGCUUUUAAACCAUUCAUAUUAUUCACACUUGCGGCUUAUUUUGGCGAAUACCCGGCGGCGAGUGAGGAUGGAAUGGGGAAGACGCGGGCGGACAUUUCUGUUGUGCGGCGAGGCCUUCCGUCAGCCCGGAGGUCACACGACGUUACCCGGGAUUUGGCGCGCCAUCUUUGCCAACUAGCUCUGACCUAACUGGCGACUAAGCUGUCCUAUGUGACCUUCCUAACUCAUCCGCAGUGCCUACCUACAUAACAACUCAACUACCAGCCAACAGACCGAGCAGCUGGCGAGUGUUAGCUUUUCACGCUGGAUGUCUUGGCCACGAGGUAGGAUGGCAAGACGGAAGCCUUAUCCGAAUGCCGUUUUUCAACAAUCCACCUUCCGACGACGUUGCAGAUUAUUUAUCCUUUUUCCACCUGUCUCAGGAAAACACACUUCCUAUUUUCUUGAAUGUCUUUGAAAGCAACACAACAAGGCGCGUGAGCACUUUUUCCCGUGGACGCGGCCGGACGGGCGGGCACGUGUGUCACAGUCGCGUGCCCCGCGAUGUGGCGCGCGGGCGGUCAAAAGAAACACGACAAGGACCCCCACUACCCGCCCCGCCUCCUCCCGGGCCUGGAGCAACGGUCUGUGAACGCUGCAUGCGGGGGAGAGCGCUUUCCAAGUCAAAUCAGACUGUCAACACUGCGCCAGGCGCCGCAACACAAAUCCCUCCACCCGCAGGUAAAGUCAGCAGCAGCUUUUCCGUCCGGAGCAUCCUGGACUUGCCCGAGCGCCACCCGAAGGCUUUGCCCGCGUCCUCGCCACCUUCCUCGGCCGCGGGCUCGCCCCUCGCCCCGCCCUCCUCCUCCUCCAUCUCCUCCAUCUCCUCCGCCUGGAUGCUCGACUCGGACCGAAGCUCUUGUUUGUGUUGGGACGAAGGCGGCGGCGGCGGCGGCAGCCCGGAGGCCUCUCCGGACUCCACCAAGCCGGAGCCCGACGAGGCGUCCCCCGACGCCGCCGAGCCUGCGCGCGAGCCGGCGAAGAAAAGCAAGAAGCGGCGCGUGCUGUUCUCCAAGGCGCAGACGGUGGAGCUGGAGCGGCGCUUCCGCCAGCAGCGCUACCUGUCGGGCCCCGAACGGGAACACCUGGCCCGCGUCCUCAGCCUGACGCCCACCCAGGUCAAGAUCUGGUUCCAGAACCACCGCUACAAGAUGAAGAGAGGCCGGGGGCCGGCGGACGACCUGCUGGAGAUGCUCCGGCCUCCGCUGCUGGUGCCGGUGCUGCUGGGCGACCGGAAGCCGUUCGCCGACGGCUCGGGCGAGCUCCGCGUGCCGCUGGCCGCCUACCCGGCCGUGGCAGCCCUCCGGCAGCCCGCGGCCCUGGCGCUGCAUCCGCGCCCCCUGCAGCACUUGCGAAGCCCGGCGGCCCGCGGGCUCGCCUGGACCGACUUGUGGAGCGACUCGGUCCACUUUGCUCCGUUCAAGUGACGUCGUUCCACACCGCGCGUGCGCGAACUCUGAACUUUCCCCCAGGCAACUUAGAGCUUCCCCGAGAAUGAAAGAGCGCUUUGCACAUUUUUUUCCCUUCCAUGUUGUUCAUAUUUUUCGUAAUUGUGCUCUAGCCUGUAGAUUAUUUUUCAAUAUCUGGUGCUACGUGCUUAUAUCUUAUUGAUUGUACAUUGGAAUGAAGUGCAGUAUUAUGCAAAAGUGCAGCAAAUAUAUAUUUUAUUA